UGCCCGUGUGCUGCGGUCACAUGACGCGGAUGUGGUGCGGCUGAAAUGCGGAAGGAACGCGCUGCUCAAACAUGUCAAACUGGGCCAAAACGCUGAAGACCAGCAAGAACAAGCCAAUGGAUCCUAACGUCGACAUCACCAGCACCUAAAAACACAAAUGCUGUAGAGUGGCUGUAAAAAGUCAACGCAAGUGUUCCAAAUGAAGGCCUUGCUCAUCACCUCCGAGAGCGCUGAGGUCCUCUUCCACUGGACAGACCCAAGCUUCCAACACAACAUCCAGGAGCAGUAUGGCGUGGCCCAGGAAGAAGGCCAGAAGCUUCCAGCCUUUGAGGACAGCAUCAGCACCUUGUUUGCGCCCAUCAUCAUUUCCUGUAGCUCCAUGGUGGACAGCCUGGGUGACAGCUACACGUGCUUCAACACAGAGAACAACCACACUUAUGUACUACACCAGUUCGACGAGUGUCUCUACAUUGCUGUGAACGGAGACGGCGAGGAGGAGGAGGAUGAUCUGAGGAGGAAGAUCCAUGUGACCAAGAAGAUGAUUGAGGUGCACUUCGGAAUGGUCACCCUCAGCGGUAGCCUGAUCAGGAGAGAGCUGCGUCCUCAAGACGUGGAGCAGAGGGAACGUCUGUGGAAACAUCUCCAGAGCCUGCUGGACACCUACAACUACCUCAGGGAAAACGACCAGAGCUUCUUGGUGGAGGCCGUAGAGAGACUGAUCCACCCCACGCUGUGCGAGCAGUGCAUCGAGUUCUUGGAGCGCCGUUUAGUUCAGCAGCUCAACUCCAGCGUGGAGAGGGCAGGAGAAGAAGUCCAGCAUGCAUUCAUCCUGGUGCACACCAAACUGCUGGCCUUCUACUCCAGCCGCAACGCGAGCACGCUCGCCACUUCAGACCUGCUGGCCCUCAUCAUCAUGGCCCAGAACAUGUAUCCUAGCAACAUGGACCAAGACGAACAUUCUUCUGAGGACGUUGAUAGUACCAGCGGCUCAGGCCCAGAAAGCUUCUACACUCCUCAGCCUUCCCCUACCAAUUCCAGUGGUUCAGAAAAACAAGCGAGAGAAGAAGCUACAGUGUUUGAGUUUGUGGAUCCAGACAUUCAUAUGGCAGAAGACAGUCUGCACAGUCUGGAGGUUCCUCCCCCUGACCCAUCCACGCCACGCAGGGUCUUUCUUGAAGUUUCCCACAAGGAGGGCCUGUAUCCCAUGAUGCCUCACUCCAUGUACUGUCUGCCACUAUGGCCCGGCAUAACACUGGUGCUGCUCACUAAGAUUCCCACGAGUGCAGUGGCCGCGUCCGUGUACAUGUUCCUAGAGGCCUUUGCCAAGCUGGAGAAGCGUUUGAGUGAAGGCCAGGAAGGGUCGUCUGCUACGAGAAGUCAACCAACAAUAUAUGAUAUCAGAAGCAAGCUGGACAAGUUUAUCAAAGCUCUUGGGCCCAGUGACAUUCAGUCUGCACAGUUACAAAAUGUCUGGAGCGAGUUUAAAAACCGAGCCUUUUCCCGAGGUGGACCUGGCUUCACCACAGAUCUUAUCCCUUGGUGCAAGAACAUGAAGACCCAGCUGUGUGGCGUUUAUCGCCAGUGCUUCCUCAUUGACUCCGGAGAGUCUGACGUUCCUCGGAAACUCUCCCCCAGUCUGCAGGAGCGAGCCCAGGCCAUGCUGCAGGAAAAGCUGAUAGACUGGAAGGACUUCUUGCUGGUGAAAAGCAAGAGAAACAUCACAAUGGUGUCCUACCUGGAGGACUUCCCAGGCCUCAUCCACUUCAUCUGCGUGGAUCGAUCCACGGGCCAGAUGAUCGCACCAUCCCUUUACUUCACCGAGCGCACUACGUCGGAGCUGGGCAAAGGACCCGUGGCUCGGUUUAUCAAAAACAAGGUGUGGAGGCUGGUGAGCACAACACGGCGCUACCUCCAAAAGGGUUACUCCACCGUCACCCUGCGAGACGGCGACUUCCACUUCUGCUACUUCCUCUGGUUCGAAAAUGAAACCGGCUACAAGUUGGAGGCAGCGGAAAUGCCCAUCCUACCCGAUGACACUGCCCCCAUCGGGAUGCUGGCGUGGGACUACUACAGGAAGCUCCUGCGCUACUACGCUAAGAGCCACCAGGGCGAAGUGGUGAAGUGCUACGAGUUGCUAACGGUGCACCUGGGUGUCAUCCCCACUGACAUCAUCCUGCAGCACUGCAGACAGCUGGCCAGCAAGCUAUGGGAGCCCUCACGCAACCCACUCCUCUAGACACUAAGCUAAGACCGCGGCGCACUGCAUGACAUUUGAAUAUUUUAUCAAUACACGUCAGUCUGAUUUUUAGUUUUUCCCCUUUUUUAUUUCUACAAUUAUGUAUGGAAUAUGUGGUGCUUAAUUUCAUGCAGUAUUUAACUUCACCUUACUGUAUGUAUGUAUGUCCAAUUUUUGUUUUUACAUUGUUGGAGUACAUGUGUUUGUGUGCAUGCAAAAAAAAAAAAAAUGAAAGUGCUUGUUUUUCAAUGAACAGCAACAAAA